AUGUCUGAAUUUUUAGAGUCUUUUAAAAAGCUUUCACUCGACAAUGUCAAGGAAGAAAACUUGUCAACGGUCCAGUUUCCGGAGUUGACAUCUGAGCAAAAGGCCUUAGCUUCGCAAUUUGAAACCUUAUCUGGCCGAUUAGAUGAUAAGGAUACAUUGAAGGAACUUAACGAUUCAUUGAGAACAAAGACUUUUAUUAGCGGGAGUGUUCCAGGCAAAGCUGACCUUAUAGUCUUUCUGGCUGUUUACCCAAUUGCCUCGAAAUGGAGCUCCAAAGAGGAUCUUGCCAAAUACAGACAUAUUCUUAGAUGGGCAGAUCUCGUUCAAAACACAUUGGUAACUGUAUCUGAGCCAAUCAAGAUUGACUAUGACGUUGAAAUCCCAAGAGAGAUUAAGGAAAAGAAGAAGCCAGCUGCUAGCGCAAAGGAUGCAGAAAAAGGUAGUCAACCAGACGAUACAAAGCAAGACAAGCUGAAGAAGAAACAGCCUUCAGCCCAAGGUCAGGCGCCAACUGGGGCCUUGACUGAUGAGGAAAUAAAAAGGAGACAAGAGGCAAAAGAGGCUAAGAAGGCUGCCAAGGCCAAGCUCAAUGCAGAAAAGGCACAACAGCAGCAGAAAGCAGCAUCCACUGCAGCAAAACCAACUCCAACAAUGGUUGACCUUAGAGUUGGAUUCAUUCAAAAGGCUGAGAGACAUCCAGAUGCCGACUCUUUAUACGUUUCAACAAUUGAUAUGGGCGACGAAGAAGGACCAAGAACCGUUUGCUCUGGUUUGGUCAACUACAUUCCAAUUGAAGAUAUGCAAAAGAGAUAUGUUGUUGUAGUCGCCAACUUGAAACCAGUAACCAUGAGAGGCAUAAAGAGUUGCGCUAUGGUUUUGUGUGCUUCCAAUAGCGAAAAAGUUGAGUUUGUCAAUCCUCCAAAGGAUUCCAAGGCAGGUGACAAGAUCUUCUUUGAGGGUUAUGACGGUACUCCAGAAAAACAAUUGAACCCAAAGAAGAAAAUCUGGGAAGCUAUCCAACCCAAGUUCACAACCACUGAGAACUUUGAGGUUACAUACACAGAAGAAGGACAAGAGCCAAAGAAGUUGGUCAAUGCCAAGGGUGAGUUGUGUAAAAACUCAACCAUUGUUGGUGCCAAAGUCAAUUAG